AUGGCGGUGGCCAUGGCACUAGGUUCCCUGGGUGCGGUGGCCCUGGGCACCUUUGUGGUGGCCCUGCGGCUGCAGUGGCUCUGGGAUGCGCUGGUGGCUGUCACCCGAUUCCGGGCCACUUGUCAACAGCUGAACAAGUUCCCUAUCCCACCCUGGCACAAUUGGUUGCUGGGACACAGUGGCAUGGGCCAGAGCACGGAGGAAGCCCUACAGCAGGUGGACACCUUGGUGGCCCAGUACCGUCAUGGCUGCCUCUGGGGGGGAUUUCCCUGGCUGCCUGUCCUGCGCUUCUUCCACCCCACUCUGUCCACUCCUCAGUGCCUCAGGGAGGACAUGGGACAUCAGACGGGUCCCCAGGGCCACCCAUGGCUGUCACCGCACCUGGCACAGAGACCUGGCAGUGCCCAGGCAGAGGCCACCAACCCAAGUCCACAGGACGAGAACGGCCACACCCUGUCGGACGAGGACAUCGCGGCUGAGGCUGACACCUUCAUGUUUGAGGGUCAUGACACCACGGCCAGUGGCCUGGCAUGGCUCUUCUACAACCUGGCUGGCCACCCUGAGCACCAGGAGCGAUGCCGCCAGGAGGUCCAGGAGCUCCUGGCUGGCCGGGACACUGCGGACAUUGAAUGGGAGGACCUGUCCCAGCUGCCCUUCACCACCACGUGCAUCAAGGAGAGCCUGCGGCUGCACCCUCCUGUCACUGCUGUAUCCCAGUGCUGCACUGAGGACAUCCCCCUGCGUGAUGGCCAUGUCACCCCAAGGGUAUGGCAUGGCCAAGGGGUCAUCUGCCUGAUGAACAUCUACGGGACCCACCACAACCCAGACCUCUGGCCUGAGCCUGAGGUGUUCAACCCUCUGAGGUUCAGCCCUGAGAACAGCAAGGGACGGUCCCGGUUGUCCUUCAUCCCCUUCUCUGCUGGCCCCAGGAACUGCAUCGGGCAGAGCUUUGCCAUGGCUGAGAUGAAGGUGGCAGUGGCACUGACACUGUCCCGGUUUGCGCUGCGGAGGGACACGGCGAGGCCACCCCCGCGCCGCAAGCCCGAGCUGAUCCUGCGUGCUGAGGACGGGCUCUGGCUGCUGCUGGAGCCACUGGGAGUGGCUGAUGGACACGGGUCACCUGGACAUGGGGACAUCCUGCAAGGGAGGUGUCACAGCCAGGGAAAGAGCAGGGAAUAAACGGGAGCAUGAAGGGGACAGUAUCGUGGUGGUGGUGGGGAUGUGCUGUCCUUGGUCAUGGGACACCUCAUGGCAUGGACAUGUCAACCCAUGGACUUGUCCCCUAAGGCACUUGUCACCACCCAUGGCCAUG